GUAAGCUACCUAAAGAUGGCUGAGGCCACAGCCAAAACCAUGUUAGGUGAGAUCAGCCAGGGUCACCUGGAAUGCCCCAUCUGCUUCUGUCGUUACAAAGAUCCCAAGAUACUGGACUGUCUCCACACCUUUUGCCUCAACUGUCUGGAUGGGAUGUUGAGCAAACAGCAGCCGAGUACAGGCAAGAUCACAUGCCCGGUCUGCAGGAGGGAAAGCCCGGUGCCGGAUGCUGGCUUGCCCAGUCUACUUGACUGCUUCUUCUUGAAGUCCCUGGUGGAUGAGAUCAACCAACAGGAACGAUCGCUAGAGACCCCCCAGCAAGCAACGACUUCACCGAUGUGUGACCAAUGCGACGAGGGGUUAGAGGCUGUUUUGCGAUGCCUGGACUGCGAAGAAAAUCUGUGCCAGCUAUGCAAGGCAGCUCAUGCACGAUUCAAACGCACCAAGACACAUCGGGUUACACCAGUUGAACACCCGGAGCAGAAGGAGGGUUCCUCGGCAGAUCUCAGCAUGAUGUAUUCCCCGAAAUGUCAGAAGCAUGCUGACCAGAACAUGCAUUUUUACUGCGAGACGUGCAAAAUGAUGAUGUGUGGCAUAUGUGCGACAAUCGAUCACCGCUCCGCUGACCACCAGUUGAGUGAAAUCGCCAACGCUGUAAGAUCCUACCGUGAAGAAGUGAAUGAUGUCUUGCAGAAAUUACAGAAGAGUAAAGAAGAAUUCAAAGCAAGUGAGGAAUCGGCUGACCGCGCAAGAAACAGACUGAAAAUAAUGGUGACCCGGGCCUGCAGUGACAUUCAAGCUAAGAAGGAAGAAGAGAUUGCCAAAAUCGAGAUGAAGUCUCAACUUCUCAUAGACAAGGUCACUGAAAUUGGCAAGAAAAGAGAUGAUGACUUUGUAAAGGUACACACCAACAAUGAGAAGAAGAUGGAACAAGCAGAGAAGAUCGAGGCAGCAGUGAGCGACUUGAUGCAACAAGCUGACGACUUCGAACUCUUGAAUUUGAAGCCUAAGGUGAUGCACAACCUGGAAUUCCGGAAGGAUCUCCAGUUUGAGCGAGUGAAACACGGUGACUCUUUCAUCGGGGUCAAAUGCCAAGACGUUGUGCUUGACAAAGACCUUGGUGAAAUACUUCACGAAGAGAAAUGGCAGUUAAAGAUUGAAUUCGGUAAGCAAGGGAAUGGUGACGGUGAAUUCAACCGUGCAACAGGCAUUGUAUGCUUUAGCAAUGGUAACAUUGCUCUCAAUGAUAUAAACAAUAAACGAUUGUCUGUAUUCACUUCUACUGGACACUUCAAAGCAAAGUUUGCUCUGAAUGCAACAUACGGUAUUGCUGUAACACCCGACGAUCUACUUCUGGCACACUGUGAAGAUCAUGUAAAAGUCUUUGAUAUGAGCCAUCAAUUGAUUUCAAAGUUCAACCUACUGCAGGCCGAUAGCAAGGAUCAGUCAAGCAGUUUGAUUUAUACCGGUGGUGUCACUGUUGACAAUAACAAUCAGGUAGCAGUGGUUGACAAGAAGUCGGGGGUCACAUCUCUCCACAAUCUGGACGGAUCUUUGAUCAAGGUCAUUCCAAAUACUGAAAUGGUUCCCAUUGACAUUGUCGCAAACAAGGAACGUCUCAUUUUUGCAAUACGUGAAUUACGAUGCGUAGAUCUGAACAGAAAAGAGUUCCAUGUCGGCACUUCUGUGGAUGGAAAGGAUGCGAAACCAGCCGGUGUAUGCUGCGAUGAUGAAGGCGAGAUCUACGUUUCCUUUCAUUGUGGUGAAGACGGAAGCAAUGAAGUACACCACUAUGAUUCCCAGGGGGUCUAUGUUGAUUGUGUAGCGAAAAAAUUGAGGCGGCCAUUUGGCAUUACCUUUUCUCCAAGCGGUGAACUAGUAGUGGCUGAUCAGAACUCUGUCAAGAUUUUUCAUCGAGUAUGAACUUGCCAAGGAGGUGUAUGAACAUUAUCACACCACCGAUUUUGAAUAACGUGGGCGGAACAAAACAUAAAUGUGUACUAUUCAAGUAUAGUCAGGGGUGUGAAAUCUCAGCUUUGAAGUUGAUUUCAGCUUCUUCUUUUUUGGAUUCCAGCUUUUUUUCUAGCUUUUUCCCUCACUUGCUGUGUACAAAAGUAUAGGAGAUUUCCAAAGUUCAGCUUCUUUACACCUUUUUUCAGCUAUUUUCAGCUAUUUUUAUAAGUGGUCACUCUCACCCCUGUAUAGUGAUGAAGACAGAAGCGAAUGAUGUCACGACGAAAAAUUCAUACUAAUGCCGAGAACCUUACAACCUUACACGACAUGGAAAACUACCCUGACAUUUCUUAUUUACAAAGGUAUUAUGCAAAUGUAAAUUAUAACCAAAACGUACCAAUGAAGUUGAACACAUAACGUUAAUAAUGACAAACAGCUUACAUUAUAAUGACAACUAUUACGUGUGUAUAACACGUUUUUGGUAAAAUUAAAAAAGAGAAAUAAACAUUUCUGUCACUUUCACGGGGCUCUGGGAAAAGAAAACACCAUUGACUGUUAUAUGUCAUGCCGACAAUUCCCUGAUGAUACUAAUCGCUUGAAAAUUCUUUAAGCGUUUGUAAUUAUGUUCUUUGCUAACUCUUUUCUUCCUAUUCGUAAGUGUCAAUCACCUUUAAAUUUCUUUUGGUUUAUUGGGGCUGUACACACAAGUCUGUCAGUCUUGAGUGUUCGCAAGUGUUUUAUAUGGAUUUCACAGUGUCAAGGCAGAGUCAGGGAUACAAAAUGUACUCAGACGUUUUCUUAAGCUCUACAAACAAUAUGUAUUUACCUUCAGUUAUGUACAUCAUACUCUCAGCAUUUUACUGCAUGCCUAUGAUCCGUCUGAGCUAAUUUCCUUCUGAAGAAAUCUGUACUAACUUUCUAACAAGGAAGGCCGCUAGGUUUGGUUUUCCUGUCACAUGUCUACAUUCGCUUUCAGUUAAAAAUGUCCAAAGUUUACGAGUGAGAAUGGAUUUUUUUAUACAUCAAUGCAACUAUGCAUUGCUUUUAUCAAAAGUUUAAUGGCCCAAUUGAGCCUUAAAUUUCUGGGGAUUUUUCUGGGGGCCAUUAAGAGACAUAAUUUCUUGUUGCCCAUUAAGCAUAUAUACUUUGUGAGUACAAAUGAUUAAUAUUUGUUUUGUUUCCACAUUUUGUUGUAUUAAAACAGUUAAAAUAAAAUACAUGUACAUUA